AUGGCAAGUACAAGGAUUACGAUUAAACAUCAAAAACGAAUUUCUAAAGAUCUAAGAUGUGCAUGUUGGAACAUACGCUCAUGGGCCGGAAGAGAGCAUGAAAUACUGCUUGAAAUGCAAAAGCAUAAAAUCGAUAUAUGCGCUAUCUCGGAGACAAAACGUAAGGGUAAGGGCGAAUUAACUUACACCGAUUACAUCCUCAAAUAUAGCGGAAUUGCAAAAUCUAAAAGAGCCGUAGCAGGAGUAGGUAUUUUAAUUAACACAAAGCUCAUACCAAACAUAGAGGAUACAUAUUAUGUUGACGAGAGAAUCAUAAAAGUCGUGUUAGAUAUUGGUAAAGAAAAAAUCCACUUUCUAAGUGUGUAUGCACCAGAUUCCAGUAGAAAAAAAGAGGAAACGGACAAUUUCUACGAAAACCUGCAAAAAGAAAUUGACAAAAUCCCAACAGGUGAAAAAACAUUUAUUCUUGGGGAUAUGAAUGCAAGAGUUGGAAAUAAUGUCGUAGAUGGGGUCAAGCAAAGAUUCAGUGAAGAUCAAACAAACGAAAAUGGCAUAAAACUUACACUUUUCUGUGCAAAUAACGAAUUAAGAAUAAAUAACACAUAUUUCAAUCACAAAAAACAACACAAAAUAACCUGGUCAAACACAAGAGGUUCCACAUCUACAAUAGACUAUAUAAUAACAAACAGAGCAAUUCAUCCAAACAUAAUACUAGAUGUACGUUCACUAUCACAACUUGGUUCUCGCAAAAAUAAGAUUGUCUAUAAAAUUAAAAAAGAAAAGACAAUCAAUGCUUCGCGAAAAACUAAACAUUGA